UGCCGUUUCUAUAGAAGUAGAAGAAAAAAAAGCAGUGAACUCAAAAACUAAUUCCAGACCAUUCAUAAAUGUAAUAAACUAGAAAUCGAUGCUGAGGCCAAGCAAAGUGAAAACCAAAAUUAGUGUCUGGAAUGGCAGGAAUUUCCCUAAAAGCCUGGAAUGAUGAAGCAGGGGUUUCCAGUGGAGAUUUUGAACACAGUGUUGAUAACUUUCUAAGCACUCACCUGAAAGAAUGUUAAUUCAUUUCCCAGGCUGACAGAUUUAACAGUGUUCCAGGGCUCUGGUGGGUGGGUUCCACACUGUAUGGCACUUGUUGGUUCCCAUACUGCAGCGUUUCCAAACCCGAUUCUCAAGAACCCACAGACAGUCCAGACAGUUUUUGCUCCCUCCCAGCUCCCGGCAAAAACAUGGACUGUCUGUGAGUCUCCGAGGACUGGAUUGGGAAACACCACAAUACUGCAGGUACUGUGCGCCACCGCAUCCUGAGGAAAUGCCAGUGAUUUGUUGGUAAUUUCACUAUCCUGGAGUCCUUCUAAAAUGUUCCCAGCUGAGAAAUAGCAGAUAGUGCCAAACAGAAAAUGUUCUGCCAUUUCACACAGCAGCAUGUUAGGUCUGUGCCCCGAUGAUCAGUGUCUGGGCCGAGCUUAUAAUUCAUGGGGUGACGCAUAACCGGUCAGCUGUUUCUCUUUCGGAGGCUGAGGGAAGCCACACCAGCUCCAAGCUAUUCCAGGAAGGUGUCAGACAAGGGAAGGAGAAGAGGCCACACAGGGACAGAUGGGCAAAGAAAGAAAACAGCAAAGAGGAGAGGAGUUUAUUUUCUUAGGUUGAAUUUUCGUUAGGUUGAUUACUUCCCUGACACUUUUCCUAGCACACAGUGAUACGUCACAGACGACACGGCAAGAGUCAAGUACACUUUUGAUCUUCCGGGGAAUGUUUUAAAGAUGUCUGGUGAAAAGAGGGUGAUCUAUCAUACCGUGGACGGGACUGAAAGAUCCUGUGGAUCAACACACACAGUGUUUUUUGGCUGUACCAUCCGGUGUGUCAGCGUCCACCAGCUGGAGCAGACACCGUAAAAUAGCAAUGGUUUAUAGCCCCGCUGACCGUUGCUGAAAAGGCAGCUGAACAUGGGCGUGUUAUUGGGGUCGGCGAAUCCCAGAGUGGCCCGGUGCUGUUUCCCCUACUCGGCGUUACAGGGAACGCAGCGCUUGUGGAGGGGUUUGCAACGGGGCGGGUAGACUGUCCAGGAAUUCUCUGUGCUGGAUCCUCCAUUAUGAUCCAUUGGGAGAAGACCGUCGGGUCCAUAUUUAUGAUGUCACUGUUUCAUGUCCGGACGGUAUGCGAGGGAGGCAGCCUGUAGUGAAUCAGCCUGGUCCAGUCUGAUGGAACCCCAGGGUGCAGCAAGUCAGCAGUGAUUCAUUUCCGCAGAGUAUAACACCUUAAAAUGUGUUGAACUGACUACUAGGCAGUUACAUUCAUUAUUAAUUUACAACACUAUGUAAGCACAUCAUACGUGCAUAGAGGAAAGAAAGAGUUGAUGAUCGAUGUGCAUUUUAAGGUGUUAAGUCUGGGUGUAGCUGUGAUGAUUGGGGAAUUUUCCCUUUUUCCCUUCUGAUUAUAACUGCUGCAUUCCAGAGUCACAGGCUGGCACGUCUGAAUUUCAAAUGGCUGCAACCGCAAAACAAAGAUUUUCUGUCCGAGACCAUUUGAGACCAUUUGUUUCUCAAGAGAACAUGUGACUUAAUUUCCCUUUGGCCGUGUGGCGUCGUUUUGGGCCAGUGUAGUUUCGUGUACCUUAUUAUCUAAUCUGACUGCCUUCAUUUCACUUGGCAGCUUUGUGACCCACAGCUCAUGGUGAGAUCAUUCGUUCUACCUGUGUUGUGUAACCGAAGCCUGAGGGUGCCCUCUGCUGUCAGGCCAUGGCCGUGCCCUAUUCCCCGACGCAUCUGCUGGUGGCGGCCCUCCAGGUGGCGCUGUUGUGCCAGGUACAUGGAGGGGCAUACUAUGGGCAUAAGCAGCUAGCCCAACAGCACCAGCCCAUGCCACAGUUACCACAUAUGCCCAUGGGCAAAGAGAUGCCACCACAGUACAUGGGCAAAGAGAUGCCACCACACAUGCCAUAUGGCAAAGAGAUGCCCAUGAUCCCACAGUACAGGAAGGAGUUUCCACAGAUGCCCAUACCUUUGGGCAAGGAGAUGCCACGCAAGGAUGGUAAAGGUGAAGUUAUUCCCAGAGGAGAAAGGGGCAUGCCUGGAGAAAUGGGCCCCAAGGGGCCAACAGGACCUCAGGGUCCUCCAGGUUUGCCUGGCCAUGGAUUGCCAGGGCCCCCAGGAAAACCGGGCCCACCUGGUCCUCCAGGAUUCCCAGGAAUUGGUAAACCUGGUAUGCCAGGAAUGCCAGGAAAACCAGGAGCAGCAGGUGCCCCAGGUCCCAAGGGAGACAUGGGUCAAGCUGGUGUAGAGGGGCCAAUGGGCUUGCCAGGGCAGCAAGGAAUGCCUGGUCCUCCAGGCCUCCCUGGAAUUGGGAAGCAAGGAGGUCAGGGACUGCCAGGUCAACAAGGACCCAGAGGGGAACCUGGACACAAAGGUCUGCCAGGGUUACCAGGCUUGCCUGGAUCCAAAGGUGACAAAGGGUUUGGUCUGCCAGGACUGCCAGGCCUAAAAGGUCCUGCUGGACAUCCUGGACAGCCAGGUCAAGCAGGUCUUCCAGGAAUUGGUAAGCCAGGAUUGAAUGGGCUGCCAGGAGCUCUAGGUGGGCAAGGAAAACCAGGCCCUCCUGGAGAGCCAGGGCCCAUGGGUCCUCCUGGCGAGGGAGGUCAGCCAGGACCACCAGGACUUCCAGGUGUUGGUAAACCAGGCCUUGAUGGCCUACCAGGACAAUUAGGAUUUCCCGGUGGGAAGGGAGAACCAGGCCCACCAGGUUUACCAGGAAAUCCAGGAUUACCUGGGUUUGGCAAGCCUGGAUAUCCAGGGCCAAAAGGUGAUAAGGGGUUAACCGGUUUACCUGGAGUUCCAGGUCCGAAAGGUGACAAAGGUCAUGUUGGCCUUCCUGGGAUGCCUGGUCCUCAAGGACCUACUGGACCACACGGUUUACAAGGUCCAAUGGGGCCACCAGGAGGUCUUGGUUUACCUGGUCCAAAAGGAGAGGUUGGAGCAGGAGGCCUACAAGGACAAGUAGGUCCUAAAGGUGAACCAGGUCCUCCUGGACUUCCAGGUCAGCCAGGGUUAUAUGGAGAGGUAGGUCCACAAGGUCCACGUGGUCUCCCUGGCACUCUGGGCCCAAAAGGUGAAAAUGGACAGAAAGGACUUCCAGGUUUAACAGGAGCUCCUGGAAUGUUUGGCCCAAAAGGUGAAGUAGGGGUGCCAGGUGAACAAGGUCUGCAAGGCCCAAAGGGAAUCCCAGGAAUUAUGGGCCCUGGAGGGCCAAUUGGGCCUCCAGGACUUCCGGGGCCAAAAGGUGAUAAUGGACCACCUGGCCAGCCUGGCAGCCCAGGUGAAGGAAUACCUGGACUUCAAGGUCCUUUAGGCCCACCAGGACAGUCUGGUCCCAGUGGGCCUCCUGGUGUACCCGGUCAGCCAGGACCACCUGGCCCACCUGGCCCACCUGGGCCUCCAGCAGAGCUACCUGAUCUCGGACAAAUCCUACCUGAAAUGGGCCCAGGUCUGGAUGGUGUUAAGACUCCAUCCGGGGCCUACAGCAAAGGGAAGCCUAGAGGAGAAGUGAUGGGUGGCAAUGGCUUAGAGAUGCCUGCAUUCACUGCUAAGCUGACCACUCCCUUCCCUCCUGUGGCCACCCCAGUAGUCUUCGACAAGAUCCUCUACAAUGGCCGCCAGAACUACAAUCCACAAACUGGCAUCUUUACUUGUGAAAUUCCUGGGAUUUACUACUUUGCAUACCACGUUCACUGCAAAGGAGCCAACGUGUGGGUGGCGCUCUACAGGAACAGUGAGCCGGUGAUGUAUACAUACGACGAGUACAAAAAGAGCUUCCUGGACCAGGCAUCAGGCAGUGCGGUACUGCCUCUAGAGCCCGGGGAUACAGUGCACGUUCAGCUCCCAUCCGACCAGGCUGCAGGACUAUAUGCUGGCCAAUAUGUCCACUCAUCCUUCUCUGGAUACCUACUGUACCCAAUGUAAAAAGGGUGGGGAAAUCAAGUGUAUGCAUUAGCUUUUACAGAAUUGUUUAAGCAUUUUAUACUGUUGAAUACAAAACUGGGUUCCUGGAGUAUCCAGCAGAUAGGUCAGAAGAGCUUACUGAGCAUGCAGUUCCUGUUGUCAAGGAAACAUGAUAGUGAUCACUUCUGCACCAAGACACAUAAACAAAAAAAAAUCUAUUGAUUAUUAUGUAAAGAAAGGACAUAAAUUGCAGUUCGCUUAACUUUUCAAUUUGAACUGCUUCUGAACAAUUUUCCAAGUCACUUUGAACACUGAAAACCACCAUUUACAUUAAAGCAACACCUGGCAACUGUUCUCCAGGAACAAUAUGCAAAGGGGAAGGGAAUGUGUACAAAUCCAGUAUAAACAAUUCAUUUUUACAAAACAUCCAGUUCCGUGUUUAAGGGCAAAUUAAGUGGAAUGUGGCAGAAAGCGUAAGGAAAUAUCCAGGCAACUGAAAAUAGAGAUGUAUGUAUUAUUUAUUGAGGAACUAGAAACUAAUACAAAAUACUGAAAACUGAAAAUUCUGACAGGAUUACAUUGGCAUAUACUCAAUACUGAGCAUGACUGGGAAAGGGUUGUAUUUCUGGUGACAUGGCAGAACUGCAAGUAUCUGAAACAAACCCAUCAUAAAAUGCUGAAGGAAUUAAAUGGAACUAAAUGUAUGUUUCUGAUCAGGGAGAUGCUGCUGGUGGAGGAAACUAACAGGAGUUUUUUUCUAAUUCAGUAAACAUGGACAAGAAUGUUUUUUUUUUUAUUACAGGGAGUUCACUUAGUUUUGUUUCCUCGUUAGUAAAAUGGAAUACAAGCAAAAUAACCACUGUCAAAUAACACAGUACAGUCCAUAGAAGAUUAUUAAUCACAACGAGGGUUACCGAUAAUCCCUGGUAGGAAUCAGUACGUGGCUCCUUUGAGAUGUAUUAAGACAGUGCAUCCAUACAUAUGAAAAACAAAACGUAUUUUGCUGAGGUGUUUUUUCAAGGUUAUCUUCAAUGAGCAUAUGCAAUGUAUUAUUUUUUUACAUAUUUAUGAAACCUCUGAGAACAAAAGGAAUACAGGCUGGUAGUUUGGUUUAAAUUGCGUUAUGUUCAAGCUGAGGUUGCCAGGGUUUUCCUCUUAAGUAACAUUCAGGAUGCAAGUGGGCGAGUAAAUAUGAAGAGACCUCAGUCUGAAAGACGACUGAUGAUCAAGCAAAUGAAUAGUAUUUACAGGGACUAUUUUAGCAAUAAGGGAUGCUUUAUAAGGCAUUAUAACUGAUGAAAAAAGUAACAGGUCUGUUACAAUGAUUUGAGAAGAGCGUAUUCUUCCAGAAACAGACACACAUCUGCCCCUCCACCAGGGGGCGUCAUUAGCAGAAUGAGAUGAUUAAACAGUAUAGGUAGGUCUCAUAUUUAUGUUUGACUACUGACUACCGCGUGAAUUUGUUUCUGUGGGAGAAACAGUGGGGCUUCGCGAUGAAAAGCAAGUUAAUAACACGUCACAUGUACCCAUUUUUGGCUGAUAAUGGUGCUAAACUAGAACCCAGUGAAGAAUGAAGUUUCUUAUUUUAUUACUAUUAAUAUUAUUGCUGUUGUUAUUUUUUAAUAAAGGUGAA